GCCACCGCGGUCACCAGCCUCCUUCAAAGCGAAAAAACAGUUCCUCUUCCGCUGAUUUGUAUUAGAUGUUGCAAAGCUUUAAUUUCUUACAAACAUAUCGCGUUUGUAAAGUAGUCACUUCGGGUCGCAGUGGAGACAUUACGUCAAUACUUAAGACAGUCCGACUUAAUUGCUAAAUUAGUGACAUCGGUGCUCAAGUGCUAAUCGGCUAGCUUGUUUUCAGCAGAACGAUGAUGAAGAGUCGAGCUGAUGAGGAAGACUACUGGAACAGUUCCAAGUUUAAAGCGUUCACCUUCGACGAUGAAGACGACGAGUUGGGCAAACUGAAAGAAUCCAAACAGGCGGUCAACAGCAUCCGACUGCUGGACGAAGACGACGACGAUGACGUGGAGAAGGUCAACUGGAGCGGCGAGCCGGUGGGAAGCAUCUCGUGGUCUGUCCAAGAAACGGCAGCGUCCUACCACAGGACGGACAGAGAAGCCGCCUUCCCACCCAGGAUCAACGCGGACACUCGGAGCCUCAGCAAGGUCAAUUCGGGAUACUCCCUGAGCUCGCUCUUCAAAGGAAUCAAAGGAGGGAACGUGGCAACCUUUGCUGACGCUGCGCUCAGCGACUCGUGUGCCAGAAUUGUCGCUCCAGAAGUACGAAGACCCAAACAUGAAAACCAGGAUCUGAUCAGUGAUUGGUCACCUCAAGAGGCCGUGCACAGGAUGCAGCAAGGAAAGGCGGUGUACCUGGAGAAGUUCCGCUGUUUACGUGACAAAGUGCGACUGCUUGACUUCGCCGUCAGCGCUCACGAUGGAAACGUCAUCACAGCCGUUUUAAUUUAUCUGAAGAAAUCUCUGAGCAAAGAGGUUCUGUUUAGGGAGCUGGAGGCCAGACAGACGGCGCUGAGACAUUUCAUCCACUACCUGAAGGAAAGCGGCGAGCACACGCACUUACUGGACCUGUUCAGAGCUCUCGGGCGGAUGGAAGACGCAACGCUGCUUCAGUACAAAGACCACCUGAGCAUCACAGAUGAAAAUAAGAGGCGGGACUUCCUGAAGAGCUGCCUGAGUCUGCAGUUUUCUCCUGAAGACCAGGUCCAGGUCCAGGAUCAGGUGUCUCUGUUGGAGAGGCAGAUGAUCAUGGAGGUAACAGACCGUCAGGCAGAACAAGGAGGGAAGCUGGAAAUCUUCCAGAAGUUCCCCAGGAGAGCUUCCAUCCUCCACAUGCCGCUCAUCACCACUUUGUACUACUGCUGCUUCUACCACUACACUCAGCCGGAGGGGAGCUUCAGCAGUCCCCUCAACAUCCGGCAGAGCUUCAAGAUAUCGGAGAAGCAGUUCUUGGUGACGGCAUUGGCGGCGCGAGCCAAGCUGAAGGCGUGGUCUGACGUGGACGCGCUUUUCACCAGCCGUAACUGGCUCGGCUUCACCAGGAAAAAAUCUCCGCUCCGGUUCCAAAAAGUUGUUGACAUCCUGCAGAAAAACUCUGCCCCCACGCAGGUGCUGCAGGACUACGUGGGCCUGGUGGACGACGCGGACACGAGGAUCGCUCUGGCUCAGAAACACAAAUGUCACGACAUCGUCAUCAACACGGCCCGGGACUUGAAAGACCGGCAGCUGUUGCUGGGAUACCGAGGGAAGGUUGAGGCGGGGUCAGUGGAGGACAGGAAGAUCGACGAGCUGCUCAACAACCCACAAAUCCGCUGGAAAAAUUGACAAGCAUCAGCGAGUGGGCAGCGGGGAUAAGCUUUCUGCAGUCAUCACUUUGACUUACUUGGGUUGAAAACAAUAAAAAAAUCAAGUUUGUCAUUCAAAUAUGAAAA